AUGAGUGGGAAAACGGUGGAAAUAGACAUUAGCAAAAACAGCCACUAUAACAAUGUAAAAGUAACUCCGAAUCCUAGCCCUGAUUUUGGAGAUGGGAAACCACUCGUCGGAUAUAAAUCAUUUACACAUCGGCCUUAUGGAGGAUAUACCAUUAAAAAUAUUAUAUGCCCAAAUACUUAUGGUUUCCGUUUUAAUGGUAAUACAAGUGCUACAAGCACUGUUGAAGUGUUCGUUUGGAAUGACAGGUCAAAAGAAAGCAACCCUCUUCUCCUUAGGCUUAAUAAUGGAGUUUCGCCUGCAUAUUACAGUACUGUAACAGGUUCUAAUUGGAAGGGUGUUGAAUCCAUAGAUCCUUCGGGACUAAUUAAACUGCUGGAACGUACAAACUGCAGGAUAAAUGGUAUUCAUCUACUAGAUAUUAACCAGACAACUAACUCUGCAAGUGAUAUAUACAACUGCCCUUCUUGCUAUUCUGGGAGUUCAACAAUAACACGAUAUGAGAAACACAUGAGUCAAUAUGAGUACGUGAGGUAUUAUUAUGCUUCAUCUAGUGGUAACUUUGGCAAUGUUAGAAAUAGUGAUCAGACUAUAGCACUUCCCCCUGGAAUAGUACCUCACCUAUACGUCUAUUGGUCAAUAGGAACCAAUGCUACACCACUUAUUCUAUCAUAUCCAGUAGAAGGUAAAUAUCAAUGGUAUAUUAGAUCCUGUGGAGAUACUAAGUGGAACAUAGAAGGCACUCUAACUGGCCAAAACCCCGGUCUAUAUAAUAAUCCUGGAAAAAUCCAAGACUUUAUCCAGAAAAAUGUUACUCCAAAUAUUAUAAUAAAUCUCCAGCAGGAACGGACCAAUUCCUACCACCCAAAGGAUAAUACCCUUGAAUUUAAUGUGGAGGUAACUGAGAAUCCUGAACAUUCUGGUUACUAUGAAUAUAAACAUUCAAUGGUUGGAGAGGGUACAUUCAAGGUUAGAAGCGUUGAGCAUGGAAGGAAAACACUGGAUGGUAUAAAACCGGAGAAGAUUAUCAGUAGUAUAUCAGGGUUUUAUUGGGGAGACAACACCAAAGAUGAUAACAGACUUUUACUCGUUCACAUUGGGGCAAGAACUGAAUACUAUUACAAAAAGAAUCCCUAUAGCAGUAAUUGGGAUAUUGAUAGCUCUAUAUACCAGGAAAAUCUAUUAGUGCGUCUUGACCAAGAAAACUGCGUACGUAAUAAAGCACAUGUAGCAGAUAUUUCAAAGGUAUCAGAGUAUUACCGCUGUUAUGCCUGUAGUGGUCAGAGCAUUAAUAUGGUAUCUUCGGAUGAAGAUACUGAUAAAUAUAAGCGAGUUACUCAUAAAGUAGAUAAUGGUGGAAGUAUCGGGAGAAUAUUUGAUAACGAUAUAUCCCAAUCUGGUAUUAAGAUCCCAGAUAAGAUUGUGUCGCUUAUUGUGUUCCACUAUCCAAAGGUAGAUAACAAGGCAUUGCUUAUCCAUUUAAGUAACAGUUUGUUCAAAAGGAAACAUAAGGAUAGUGAUGAAUGGGUUUCAGCAGAGGGAGAUAAAUUAGAUGGUGAUGAUUCUUCUAACAUUCUCCCACUUUUGAAGAAAAUAAAUGGAGAUAGUGAAGGACUUUCUGGAGGAGAUAUAGCAGGUUAUAGUACUGCAGGUGUAAUGACUCCAUUGGCUACUGCUGAAGCAGUAAACUAUACACUUGACACUGGAUGGAGUAUAAUUAGAAGGGCAAUUGCUAUUUUUAAUGCUGCCAUAUAG